AUGGUUGUGGCAUUUGCAGCUCAAAGAGGAUGGACUAUCUACCAACUAGAUGUGAAAUCUGCAUUUUUGAAUGGUGAAUUGACUGAGAUUGUUUUUGUGGAGCAGCCAAGUGGCUAUGUCCAAAAAGGAAAUAGGGAAAGACAAGGGAAGAACAUGGUAAUUGUCAGUUUAUAUGUCGACGAUCUUAUUGUUUCUGGAAAUGAUGAGCUGAUGAUAAUUGAGUUCAGAGAAUCCAUGAAACAUGAAUUCGGCAUGACAGAUCUCGGGAAGAUGAGAUAUUUUCUAGGUCUUGAAGUCUUACAACGACCAGAUGGUAUUUUUAUAAAUCAAAGCAAGUAUGCAUCCGAGUUGUUGAGACGAUUUGGAAUGGAUAAAAGCAACUAUGUUCAUAAUCCAAUGGCUCUUGGGGUUAAGCUGAACAAGGAUGAAGAUGGUGUCAAGGUGGAUAAGACUUACUACAAGCAACUUGUAGGCAGUCUAAUGUAUCUCACUGCAACGCGACCGGACAUGAUGUUUGUGGUAAGCCUUGCUAGUAGAUAUAUGGAAAAUCCCACUGAGUUGCAUUUGAAGGUGGUAAAACGAGCUUUGAGAUAUUUGAAGGGAACUAGUGGUUUUGGGAUCUUCUACAAAAGGGAAGACGAUGAUGGACUUAUUGCUUACACAGACAGUGAUUAUGCUGGAAAUGUAGAAGAUAGAAAAAGCACAUCAGGUUAUGUGUUUCUAUUAAGCUCGGGAGCAAUUUCAUGGUCUUCUAAUAAGCAACCAGUCGUAAGUUUGUCCACCACGGAAUCUGAGUUUAUUGCCGCAGCAUCGUGUGCGUGUCAAGCAAUGUGA